AUGAGUCCGCCGGAUCGCUUCCCUCAAACGGACGCGUGCAUCGUUCUAUCAACUCCAUACAAAACAACCUUUCCGAACCGGGGCCNGUCGGCCACAAUUAGCGUGGCCGCGGUGAUUGCGGCUCUGGUAGCUCGGCUGGUUCUCGAAUCACCCGGUGGUCAAGACGUUACACUUCUUUUGGGACAAAUCAUCCAAGCAUUGAGUCAACACUCCAGCACCCAUGGAAAUACUCACUCCACAAGUAUGACACGAGAUUGUUUGAUCCCGUCGUACGCAAAUUCUGGUGUAUUUCUCCCGGAAUACCGAACGGUUCAAGCUUCACGACACUUCACCAGCGGUUGA